AUGAAGCUCCUCUCGCUCGUUCUCGCUACCUUCGCUGCCACUGCUGUGCAGGCAGGCACCAUGCAGUGGUGCCAGCUUCCUGGUCAGGGUUGCUACAUGCUCAAGCGCGCUGCCGAUGCCUCAAAUGAGGUCAGACGUUCAGCCAGUGCCGUCGCUGAGGCCGUUGCAGACGCCUUUCCAGGCACCUCUCAGUGGUGCCACCUUCCUGGUCAGGGCUGCGCCAAGGCGAAGAGAGCUGCCGAGGCCGCUGAAGAGGUGAAGCGCUCCGCCGAUGCCUUUGCUGAUGCCAUGGCUGCUUUUGAGGCGGAAUAG